CCUCCAGAGUCUCUUUCCAGCUUUCAUCUUAUCUGCUCUUAUCCCUACUUUUGUGGGAUCAGGUUAGUCUAUUGUCUUUGUGAGUUCUAGUGAAGGAGCAGACUGAGUGCUUGGGGCUGCAACAUGAUGCUGCCUCUAAACCGUCACUCAAACUGCUCCUGUGGUGCAUACCAAAACAGCCCUGGAGGCUGGAGAAUUCCUGGAGGCUGCCGAACUGCAUUUCUUAGCAUUCCUGGCAGCAACACCCAAUAGCCCAGUGGGAAAAAUUGAAGUUCAGGAGCUCAUCGUGGCAGCCUUCAUAGCUGCGCUUCAAAGGCAUUUCCCCUCGUAUUAUCUGCCUAAGACUGGGGCAAAGAGCCACCUGAUGUGGAGAAGAGAGCAAAUGAUGAGAGAAUCUUGAAAAUACCUGGGUCCUUGCCAGCUGCCAGUGGAAAGGAUGGUUGUGGAAGUCUGGUUGCAUCACUCGGCUCUUGGAAGACCAUUCUGAAUCCUGUGCUUUGCUGGAAAGCACUUGUCCCUCCCUUGGCUAGGAUGAUGCCUUUCUCUAUAGCCAACCUAUCUGGGAGACUUUGAAGACUGGGGUCCUUCACAAUACAUCACUUCUCAAUGGAGCAUGACUUUCAGGUUCCUUCUUUUGCUGCUGUCACUUCCAGCCACCUGCUCAGCCACACCCAUGAAAGGAACCCACUGGAUGAAGAAAUAGGGAGGUGCACUCUGCCCUGCUGGGACGGGACAAAGGUCUGUGAAAAGAAGAAAAGAAAAGAAUACAGAUCUCAGCCUUUCUACUCAGAUCUUCAUUACCACCCCCCCAGGUAACAGCGUGAGGACCCAGGGCCUGUGGAGUUGCCAGCCUCUGGGAAGGAGCCCUCAUAUCCAGGGUUCCAGUUGCCAUGCGGUUCUUCUUAAGGCGUUCACUUGCAGCAGCUAUUUCCCUGCUUGUGUUCCUGCUCCUCGUAAGUCUGUCUCCUUGGACCCAAGAGGAUUCUGAGACGAGGGAAGUACGACAGUGGGCCCAAGAUGUGGGGCUACAGCAACUGCACACUAACUGGAACCAACGUAGCCUCCAAAAGCUAGGGAAUGCCACCAACUUCCCGAACAUCUCUUAUCGCUAUCUUGCUGGCAUCCCCCCACCCCAGAAAAAGUUUCUGACUGUGGGGCUGUGUUCUGUCAAGCGGAAGCAAGAGAACUACCUUCUGGAAACCCUACAGUCUAUCUUUCAGCAAUCAACGCAUGAAGAGCUGAGAGACAUGGUGGUGGUGGUCCACUUAGCUGAUCCAGACCAGGAGUGGAAUUCUCAAGCACUGGAGAAAAUUGCCAAGAGGUUUGCUCCGCAAGUCCUGCUGGGCCGCCUGCUGGUCAUCCAUGCGCCUUCUGAAUACUACCCUCCCUUGGAAGGCCUGAAACGGAAUUUCAAUGAUGCCGAAGACCGUGUGCGAUUCAGAUCGAAGCAGAAUGUGGAUUACGCCUACCUCAUGAACUUUGCAGCCAACCUCUCCACCUACUUUCUCAUGAUUGAGGAUGACGUCCGUUGUUCCAAGUCCUUCUCCACGGCCAUCAGAAAGUCUGUGGCAUCUCGGGAAGGCUCCCCCUGGGUCACCCUGGAGUUCUCCAAGCUUGGCUACAUUGGCAAGCUUUACCACUCCAGCGACCUGCCCCGUCUCACUCAGUUCCUCCUGCUCUUUUACCAAGAGAUGCCCUGCGACUGGCUUUUCGUGCAUUUUCGCCUUCUUCUUACCCAGAAGGACGCGAUCCGUUUCAAGCCAUCCCUAUUCCAGCACAUUGGCCACUACUCUUCCUUCCAGGGCACAGUAAACAAGCUGAAGGAUGAAGACUUUGAAGAGGACCUCUCCACACACCCUGACAACCCCCCUGCAGAUAUGAUUACAGAUAUUAAGACGUUUGAGAAUUACGUUCCCAGCAAGGCUUACAGCAACAUGGAAGACUACUUCUGGGGCAAGGACCCCUCUGCUGGGAAUUCAUUCACGAUUGUUUUUAAGCAAGCUACCCAAAUCUUCCACAUCCAGAUCCUCACAGGCUCCAAACAGCGCCCAGGAGACUAUCUCCGGGCGGGGACUGUGGAGUUGGGCACCCAGAAGGGCCGGGGUGGCUUGCGCUGUACUAGCUACACCCCAAUUGGACACUUUAAGCAUGGAAGCUUUGACAAGCAAGGCCUGGAGGGCAGGACUGCCUCUGCCCCCGAGUGUGUGCGCAUUACAGUGACUACGACUCAGAGUGAAUGGCUGAUCAUAAGCAGCAUAAGCAUCUGGACGAAGGCUGGCCCCUGAAUUGGAUAACAAUUUUAGUUCAAGCGCUCUCAUGACAAACUUGUGACACUAAGGGUGGUAGACCGGUGGGGUUUUAAUUUAGCUGAAGCCAGUAAUUAAACAUCCUACACCAAAUCUGUAAUUCAACAGAGGGAAGGUUAGCCUCCAAGCACAAAGAAGCAUUUGGAACACAGGAUGGAACAGAGAUUUUUUUUGCCUUAGGAACUUAGAUGUUCAGGUGGCAAUCAACAUGAUGGACAGUACUAGAGCUAGAGAACUGGUGGACAGUGUCCUUCCUCCACUCUUUUGCCUCCCUGAUGCACAGAUGUGAUUGCAAAAUCACAGCUCACUUCCUUCCCAGGGUGAGUAGCUACGGGUGGCAGUAAGCCAAGAAAAGUCCUGUGAGGUGGUUUCUCUGUUUCAUCCUCCAGUUAUGUUAAUAUUUCUAUGUGCGGCUAUACACUUUUUUUAAAAAAAAAGGGAAUGUCAAUGGGAUCAUGAAUAUGAAGAUGGGCACAAGCUGUGCCAAUCUGGUGACACAGAGAACUUAAGGAGAGAAUAUCACUCUUUGGGUGCAGCUGAAAAUACUGCAUUAUUGGUGAAUGCAAAGAUUUCUAACUACCAUAGCAGCUUAUUAUGAUCAAGAAUGCAAACUCUGAUGAUAAUAAUAAUAAUAAUAAUAAUAAUAAUAAUAAUAAUUUAUUACUUAUACCCCACCCAUCUGACUGGGUUGCUGCAGCCACGCUGGGUGGCUUCCAAUAGAAUAUAAAAAACAUAAUGAAACAUCAAGCAUCAAAAACUUCCUGAAACAGAUGUUACUUUCAGAUGUCUUCUGAAAGUCAUGUAGUUGUUUAUCUCUUUGACAUCUAAUGGGAGGGCGUUCCACAGGGUGGAUGUCACUACCGAGAAAGCCCUCUGCCUGGUUCCCUGUAACCUCACUUCUCUCAGUGAGUGGAAAGACACUUAUGCCCAUUUGGAGAUGGCAAUAUUGAGUCUGUAGCUCAUGUGCUUCUAGCUUGCACUCUUUAUAAAGAUUUUAGGAGUGAGGUUACUACUAUCCAUACCAGGUCGCUCAACCAUUGCUAUUGUGUCCUUUCUUUUAGCAGAUCAAGAUAAUCAGGUGACAGCAAAAACUGCCAGGUUUUUACCAGGGGCAAUCAGAAUAAAAUCUAUUAUUUGAUUAUUAACGUAAACUUCCAGAAUGUAUUUUGUAUAGUUAAGUUUUUACCUCUGUCUUCAGUACAUUGUCUUUUACUUUAUUGCUACGGCUACCGGCUGAUGCAAAUAAAGAUUAUUCUGAUUCUGGCACCUGAUACAAUGUACUAGGGUCAAAAAUGUAGCACAGCGACCCCACAAAUGACAGUGCAACAAGACAGACAGUAGCAGUGAGUGGUAUCGUACUUCUCAUCAAAAUGACUUGAAGCACAUUUUUGCAAAAAUUCUGUCUCUAAAGAUGUUUCCCCUAAACAGCCAUGUUUGUUCACCUGUGUUAUCCUUGCUGCAUUUGAGAUUUCCCAUUAUUUAGCCAGAUAGGCUCUAUUGUUCAGUGGGGUAACUAGAUUUAACUUUUUUACUUUUAUCAUAUUGUCUGCCUUUUAAUUUAUUUGCUCAACUAGUGCUCAAAAUGCAGUCCUGAACUAAGCCACUACCAGUUUUGAUCAAGAUGGAAUAGUAUGUCAUUGUACCUUAAAUCUAUGUCAUUGUACUGUAAAUCUGAGAAAUCCCUUCCCACAAAGGACAUACGGCACUUCAGUCUCGUAUAUCUAAAAAAACUCUUGAUGACCAGGAGACUUUCCUUUGGAAGAAUAUAUGUUAAUGGCACAGAAAGACUGCUAGAUUUUUAGAAUGCAUGGGACCUGAAACAAAAAGUUUAAGUAUGGAGUGUUCCUGCUCAAUGCCAACCAGCCAAUUCUGCCCUAUUUUAGGGUGCUCCAUUCCAUCCCCCCUUCCAGAUUUCCAUUCCCAUUCCCCUCAAACACCACUCAGCAUUGCGUGGCCUUUGGGCACCAUUUUGGAACUCCCCGUACAUGAAGUUGUUUGUACUUCUGCACACCCAAAAUCUGCUACCUCUCUUGUGCCCGGAUGGAACCACACCCAGUGAUCUUUGCUAUUUGUAUCUAUGAUGGUUGAGCAGAUAUCAACUAUGGAAUGCAAAAGCCCCAUCCCUGGGCUAAUGGAAGGUCUCUCUGUGUGAAGUAACAACUCAGUUUCACAGAAUCAUAAAAUUGUAGAGUUGGAAGGGACCAGGAGGGUCAUCUGAUUCAACCCCUGCAAU